GUUUUCCAUUUUCGGGUCGAACGCUUCGUGAGUACGCUUGCUGUUUAAGUGCGCGUCGCGUUUUCCGCCGAUUUUCCGAUUUUCGCGUGUGCGCGAACAGCAACAACAAAAACAACACCACAAUACUGGCCGAAAACCAAUAAAAUACUAUAUUUAAGUUGUUCUUCUUCGUUUUCGGAUACCCAUUUAAAGUUUAGUGUGCAAUAAAUAACAAAUAAUAUAACCACCAGUAAUAAACAAAAAACAUUUACCAACGCAAUGGAGCGUUGCAGCAACAACAACUGCAGCAGCUAGAGUAGCUGUGGAUCGGAAGAAACAGAGCUGCAAUAAUAGCAAAACUUAUUUUUGCUAAAGGAAAUCGGAAGUAGAUAUUAAACCCACCCAAAGAAGAGGAAAAAACAGCUGGAACAUAAAAUAUACACAUAAAAAAUUGGCAAAAUGAGACGAAAAACUGCCAUGAAAGAGACGGCAAUAGCCGAUAGCAGGAGUGCGAGGAGCGCAGCGCUAAAUAUUUGGAACUUUUUUCUUAUCGCUCUUGUAGCGCUCAGUUCCACGAUUCUGGCCGAUGAAUCGAUUGACACACGAGAGAACGCCGACUUAACCCUCAAGUGCCGGUUUAAUGACAAGUACGAGUCGAACGACUUCUCCUUUUUCUGGACCCGCUGGACGGCGAAUCCCGCCCAGUUCGAUAACGUGGCCAUCGGCGAUGUGCAAUUGAGUUCUGGCUAUAGACUCGACUUUCAACCGGAGCGCGGCAUUUACGAUCUGCAGAUCAAGAAUGUGUCCUACAACCGAGACAAUGGACGCUUCGAGUGCCGCAUCAAGGCCAAGGGAACGGGAGCCGAUGUCCAUCAGGAGUUCCACAAUCUCACAGUCCUCACACCACCCCAUCCACCCGUGAUCUCGCCCGGUAAUAUAGCCGUGGCCACCGAAGACAAGCCCAUGGAGCUAACGUGCAGCAGCAUCGGCGGUUCCCCCGAUCCCACCAUAACUUGGUAUCGCGAGGGUUCCAAUUCCCCCCUGCCCGCCACUGUUCUGAAGGGCGGAACUAAGGAUCAGCCCACCAAUGCCACCCUAUCCAUUAUCCCGCGAAGGGAGGACGAUGGUGCGAAGUACAAGUGUGUAGUCAGAAAUCGUGCCAUGAACGAGGGAAAACGAUUGGAGGCCACUGCCACUUUGAAUGUAAACUAUUACCCCCGAGUGGAGGUUGGACCCGAGAAUCCUUUGCGGGUGGAACGUGACCGGACUGCCAAACUGGAGUGUAACGUUGAUGCCAAGCCCAAGGUCCCCAACGUCCGUUGGAACCGCAAUGGUCGGUUCAUCAGCUCCUCAUUAGUUCACACGAUCCAUCGGGUGAGUGUCCAAGACGCCGGCAAGUACACCUGCAUUGCGGACAAUGGUCUUGGCAAGACUGGAGAGCAGGAACUCAUCCUGGACAUCCUGUACCCGCCCAUGGUGGUGAUUGAGUCGAAGACCAGGGAGGCUGAGGAGGGCGAUACAGUGACCAUUCGAUGCAAUGUCACAGCGAAUCCAGCUCCGGUGACCAUCGAGUGGCUCAAGGAGAAUACCCCUGAUUUCCGGUACAAUGGCGAUGUCCUGACUCUGAACUCCGUGAGAGCCGAUCAUGCCGGGAACUAUAUCUGCCGAGCUGUAAAUAUAAUGCAGAGUCAGGGAAUGGAGCGCAGUGAGCGAGUGGGCAACUCCACGGUGGCCCUGCUAGUUCGCCACCGACCAGGACAGGCCUACAUCACACCCAACAAGCCAGUGGUCCAUGUGGGCAAUGGUGUCACCCUGACCUGCUCGGCCAAUCCCCCAGGAUGGCCGGUUCCUCAGUACAGAUGGUUCAGGGACAUGGAUGGAGAGUUCUCCAGCACGCAGAAGAUUCUCGCCCAGGGUCCCCAGUACUCCAUACCCAAGGCCCACCUGGGCAACGAGGGCAAGUACCAUUGUCAUGCUGUCAACGAGCUGGGAAUCGGAAUGAUGGCCACCAUUUCCCUGGAGAUCCAUCAGCCACCGCAGUUCCUGGCCAAACUGCAGCAGCACAUGACCAGAAGAGUAGCCGACACGGAUUACACGGUGACCUGCAGUGCCAAGGGUAAACCGGCACCCAGUGUGAAGUGGCUCAAGGAUGCCGUGGAAAUCCUGCCCGAGGAGAACCUCUACGAGGUGCAGACCAACCCCGACCAGGGUCUCAACGGCAUGGUCACUGUGCAGAGUCAGCUCAAGUUCCGCGGAAAGGCCAGGCCAAAUGGAAAUGCUCUGGUUCCUGGAGAUCGUGGUCUGUACACCUGUUUGUACCAGAACGAGGUCAACUCGGCCAACUCUUCCAUGCAGCUGAGGAUCGAGCAUGAGCCCAUAGUCCUGCACCAGUACAACAAGGUGGCCUUUGACAUCAGGGAGACGGCCGAGGUGGUCUGCAAAGUUCAGGCCUAUCCCAAGCCCGAGUUCCAAUGGCAGUUUGGCAACAAUCCCUCGCCCCUGACCAUGUCGUCGGACGGGCACUACGAGAUUAGCACCACCACAGACAACAAUGACAUCUACACCUCCGUGCUGAAGAUCAACUCGCUGACCCACUCGGACUAUGGAGAGUACACCUGCCGGGUGGCCAACACCUUGGACACCAUUCGAGCUCCGAUCAGGCUGCAGCAGAAGGGUCCGCCGGAGAAGCCCACCAACCUGAGGGCCACCGAGGUGGGUCACAACUACGUGUCCCUGAGCUGGGAUCCCGGAUUCGAUGGUGGUCUGAGCAAGACCAAGUUCUUUGUGAGCUAUCGCCCAGUGGCCAUGCCGAGGGAGGAGCAACUAAUACCGUAUUGCGCCACUGUGGGCAGUUCAAAUUCGGAGUGGACGGAGGUGGAUUGCCAGCGGGACAUUCCCUGCAAGGUCACAUCCCUGGAGCAGCACAAGAGCUAUGCCUUUAAGGUCAAGGCCCUGAACCCGAAGAGCGAUUCCCCCUACUCGAGUGAGAUUAUGGUGACGACAAAGGUCAGCCGGAUUCCACCACCGCUGCAGGUGACCUAUGAGCCGAGCACCCGAACUCUGGGCAUCGAUGUCGGAGCCACCUGUUUGUCCCUGGUGGCCGUUGUGGAGUCGAUGGUGAAUGCCGACAGUGCUAACGCCGCCUGGGAGGUGGUGGCCACCAUGGAUAACCUGCAGCUGUCCGGAAAUGGACCCACGCACAAGGAGAAGGUCAUCGACAGGAUCAUCGGAGCGCGGCGAGUCGGCGGAGGACGUGCCCUGGGCCACACCAUCAGCGAGGACGAGGAUGACAAUGGCCUGAACUCGCUGGCCCUCGAGGAUGACAACAGUCCCACUGUGCGGGUCAAGCUGUGCCUGAGGACCAAUCCAGAGCACUGCGGCGAUUACACGGAUGCGGAAAUUGGCCGACCGUAUAUAGCCGAGGCUAGUGCCCUGGCCACGCCCACUUUGAUUGCUAUAAUCGUGUCCUGCGUGGUCUUCGCCCUCUUUGCCGGCCUUAUCCUGAUGUUCUGUCGCUGCAAGCGGAAUCAAUCCAAGAAGAGCGCCGCCGCCAAGGAUUACGAGAUGGACUCGGUGCGACCGUCGAUUGUGACCGCCCAGCAGAACCAGGCCCCGCCCCCCUACUACCCCGCCUCCGGACUGGACAACAAGGCCCUGGAGCACUCGAUGGAUCUCGCCCUGAGCAUGGAGGAUCAGAAGACCGCCCUGUACGCCACCCAAAAUGGUUACAGCUAUCACCCCGGCAGUGGGGUGGUGGGCGUUGGCCUUGGGGGCGGCGUGGUGGGCGUGGGCGUGGGCGGAAGCGUGGUCAGCGGCAUGGGCGGCGGUAUGGUGGGCGUGGGCGGAAUCGGAGGCAGUGGCGUCGGAGUCAAUGGAAUGCCUGGUCUCAAUGCACACACGAUGCCCGGAAAUGAAUGGGUCAACAUGGGCUACAUGGAGAACAACUAUUCGAACUCGAACAACGGCGGCAGUGUCAACUCGCAGGACUCCUUGUGGCAGGUGAAGAUGUCGGCGGCGGCGGUGGGCAACCAGCAGGGAUUGGUCCAGGCCCCCCUCAACCAGUACGUGGAGCAGCAGCCCGCCUAUGGCUACGACCCCUUGACCCACGGGGGCUACGGGGCGGUGGACGACUACGCCCCCUACCCGCACCUCACGGCCACGCCCAGCCAGGUGGGCGACGAGUACCACAACUUGCGCAACAGCCAGAAUCCGUCCCGGCAGGACUACUGCAGCGAUCCCUACGCAUCCGUGCAGAAGCCCAAGAAGCGAGUCGAUCAGCAUUUAGAUUCACCAUAUCACGACGUAAGCGGCCUGCCCAAUCCCUACAACAUGGAGCACUUGGAACAGGACGAGGUCCUUCCCCCGCAUCAGCACAUGUCCUUGAGCUACGACGACAGCUUCGAGGGCGAGUAUUCGACAACGCCGAAUGCCAGAAAUCGUCGCGUCAUACGCGAGAUUAUUGUCUAGGAAAAAUAUAGUUCGAGAAUCGGUAAAUCGGAAAAUCAGCACCCAAAAUAUUCUCCACAUACACACACCCACACACACGCUAAAUUCCAUGAUCAUCCAUUUUUACAUUAUCAUUUUCAACUGCCAGCAGCAGAUCUUUUGAAAAGUGGCCAUUUUGAAUACUUUUUUUAAUAUAUUACUUCGAUGUAAGCUUAGUUUUUGAGGGAUACGACGAACGUGUGUUGAGUUUUAUUGGCAACGAAACAUAUACCAUAUACCAUAUACCCUAGGAUUAGAGUUCCGAUCUAUCAUUGCUCUAGUUCAGCACUUUGUUGAAACAACACGACAACACUGAGAGAAAUACCCACACACACGGAUUAAAACCAUCACUGGACAAGCACUAAAUGUUACGAUUUACCAGGUAGCAUAAGGCUAAGUAGUAGUUAAUAUUAAUGGUCAUCUAGGUCCCAGUUGCAACAAACGAACUCUAAACUAUAAGGCGGAAUUUCGGAGGGCAGGCGAUCGAAAAAUCGAUAACAAAAUCUCACUUUUCACCUAGGCUUAGGCUAAUUAACUCGUAAGUGAUUCUUGUUGGUUCUGUGCGAAAUUCGCGAGCACAGAUCCACGAAAAGUAAAAAGUAUAUACAUAAACAGUACGACCUGCCACAAAAAACAAGAAAAAUAUAUAAAAAAAAAUCGAAACAAAAGGAAACAAAACUUACCUUAAAUUAAUUUUAAAUUUUUAAAUAACUCUGAGAAAAACGAGAAACGUUGCUUUAAGUAAGUUAUAUGAUACAAAAAUAAAACUAAAAUACAGAGAACUUUAACAAAUUAUUGAAAAUAAUUGAAAAAGAUUAAGAUAAACGUAAAAUACAAAAAAAAUAGGACUCAACUCUCCAUUCUGAAAACUUUAAUUUAAUUUACAAAAUUUACCAACUAACGAAACUAUAUGUUUUCCAUUUGUUCAAGCUUUGUGUUGAAAUUCAAAAUUUUAAUUGUAGUUAUCGUUAAGCCAACUAGAAAACGAUCGAUUAAGUUAUGUUAACCACGCAGACCUAUUGAGUUAAAUAUAAAUGUUUUGUUUGUGUGCAUUACGUUGUGUUUUUAACCCCUUAUCAUGUGUUUUUGCAACUUUUUGACAAUGGCACAGACACAACUCGAGAAGUUCGAGAGGAAAACAUUUUUGUAGCUAAGGUUUAAAUGUAAAUACAUGUGUAAUUGUAUAUAUUUACUUGACUUGCAAAGUAAAUAAGCAGCAGCGGCAACUUAAAUUAAAUUGUAGUUAAUUUUAAACAAUUUCGAAAUGAAUUUAAUUAGUAAGCAAGUGUUUAAGAGCAAAUGCCACAAAAUAAAGCGGAUAAAACGAAUUAAGAAACCUUAAGCAAACAAGCAAAUCUCGUCGAAUGAACAAAAAAUAUAUAAGCAAGGCGGGAAAAAACGAGAAACUUUAUUAUAUAAAUUAUACAAUCUAAAACCAGAUAAGCGGAUAUACAUUAUAUAUAUAUACAUAUACACGUACAUAUACAUCUACUUAUUAUUUGUAAAUAAGUAAAGCAUAAUUUCUCAUUUGACAACCCCAGGCGAACCGGAACCCAUUAAAAAUAUAUUUCCAAACACUACAAAAAGCGGAACAAAAAUCAAAGCAGAUUUUUUAUUUAGCAAAAGUAUUUAUACAAAUAUAUAUAUAUUUUGCAAUUUGACUGACAGCAGUGGCAGUGGCACACAAAAACACGAGCGAUAAAAACAUGAACGAAAAAGUAGAGACAGAAUCUGAGGCCCUCGGGCUGUUCAAACAAUAAAACACUUUGUUAACUA